AUGUCGCGCGGAGUUAUGUGGUUUGGGACGUCAUAUUUCCCUUGCCAUUUUGUCGAUUUGGGCUGUGGACGUAAACGCACCUCUUAUCCGUCCUAUCCGCCAUUUUCACUCAUAAAACGGAAUGAGCUCGAGGAGAAGCCCUACAACAAUGAAUAUCUGUCCGAAGGCUUAAGCGAUCUGAUCGACAUCAAUGCCGAGCCAGCUGUUGAGAAUGUGCAAAAACAGAUCAUGUCGCAGGCCAAGAUCUUCGAAGCUAUAAAGGAGGCCAGCAAGGAGAUCUUUAGGCAGAAGAACAAGCAGAAAAUGCUCGAGAACGAACAGCAGCAGCAACUGGAGCAGCGCGAGAACAAUUAAUAUGGCAUAACGCAUAUGAGUCUAUAUACCCGAAAUAAAAUACAAUGCAAUCGUUCCUGUAAAUAAAUAAUCUAUCCAUAAAUAUAUAUAAUAAAUAUAUAAACGUAUUCAUGUAUGCGCUUAGUUAUCUGAGAGAGGCUACAAGCACAUUGCAGGCAUUUAAUAAAAAGUGUUGACUCUAUUCAUAAAA